CAAUUCAUUUUGAACGUUUUCCUUCGUUGUUUGAAAGUGACCCUGACCUGGAGCUUCCAAUCCAUUACCAAGUUUUCUGUUGUAUUGGAAUUCUCUGUCUUCCCUCUGUCUGCUUUGUGGUUUCUCUUUUCUUCUAAAUCUGAUCGGAAUCUUAACGAGUUAAUCUACUCUGGGCGGAGUAAGACUGGUGGGUCUGUCCUCUUUUUCACCUGUUGGAAGAUUACGGGCAUCUGGAAACUCUACUUUAUCUGAAGCAUAAAAUAUUUUUGGCCUAAUCAAAGACGGAUGGGCUCUGAAUGUCCACCAGCAACUGUGACUGUUCAUGUUACGGGCUUCAAGAAAUUCCAUGGAGUUUCCGAGAACCCGACAGAGACAAUUGUCAAUAACUUGACGGAGUAUAUGAAGAAGAAGGGAUUGCCUAAAGGUUUAGUUAUUGGGAGCUGUAGCAUUCUGGAGACUGCUGGUCAAGGAGCACUUGUUACCUUGUACCAGACUUUGCAAUCUGCUAUUAGCCCCAAGCCCAAGGAUUCUGAAUCUUCCAAUUCCAACAAAAUUAUAUGGCUGCAUUUUGGGGUCAACAGUGGAGCAACAAGGUUUGCCAUAGAGCAUCAAGCUGUCAAUGAGGCUACUUUCCGUUGCCCUGAUGAAAUGGGGUGGAAGCCUCAGAAAGUCCCAAUUGUUCCUUCAGAUGGCGGAAUCAUGCGAACACGAGAGACCUCCCUUCCCGCGGGCGAGAUUACAAAGGAAUUGGAAAAGAAGGGUUAUGAUGUGAUGACAUCAGAUGAUGCAGGCAGGUUUGUGUGCAAUUACGUGUACUAUCACUCCCUUCGUUUUGCAGAGCAAAAUGGGAUAAAAUCCCUGUUUGUCCACGUGCCUCUGUUCUUGACGAUAGAUGAGGAGACUCAAAUGCAAUUUAUUGCUUCCUUGUUAGAAGUACUUGCUUCUACAAGUUAGUCUCAUAUUCUCGGACCUUACCCUUCAUUAUUCUGCAGCUGGAAGGCUCAUGAAUGUUCAGGAGUGUUACUUGACUGAAAUUCCAAAAUAAUGUAAAAAAUUGAAUUAUUGUAUUUAAAUGGAAAAGUUAAUGAAAUGUGCAUAUGUAGCACUCAGGCAUUUGCUUUGACAUCUUCCACGUGUUACUUUGUGUGGUUAAAUGUUCAUUUUCUGUAAAAUUAAACUGCUCGUGUUUUAGAAUGAAACAUGCUUCAUAGGAA